AUGGUGGCAUGCCCAAUCUGCGGCAAAUCCGUCAAACAAACCACAAUCAACGACCACAUCGAUUCCAACUGCACCGAGUACGUUGAGAAUGAAAGCAGUGCAUCAUCCACACCGGGCGCCGCCGGCAAAUUCUUCAAGACACCUGUCUCCGCCAAACGCGAUGCUUUCUCCUUCUUCUCAUCCUCCCAACCUAUACCAUCUGCGAGCGAGCCUCGACCGUCGACGACGGCAGUCGCAAAACGACAAUUCGAGACCGCUUCGACGCAGCAGCAUCCAAAUGGACACAAUGUGAUAAAAAGUGAGGAGACGGGUACAGCUCACAACAAUGGCAUCGAAGCAGGUGCACCUCCAAGCAAAAAGGCCAGACACAAUCCCUUCGAAAAAGCGGCUCCGCUGGCAGAACGCAUGCGCCCUAAAACGCUGGAUGAAGUCUGUGGACAGGACCUGGUCGGCCGUGACGGCGUGCUGCGAGGCUUGAUUGAACAAGACCGCGUUCCCAGCAUGAUUCUCUGGGGCGCCGCGGGGACAGGCAAGACGACCAUUGCGCGGGUCAUCGCUGGCAUGGUUGGCUCGCGCUUCGUUGAGAUUAACAGUACGUCUUCCGGGGUCGGGGAGUGUAAGAAGAUCUUCGCGGAGGCCAAAAGUGAGCUGGCUCUCACGGGCCGUAAGACAAUCAUAUUCUGCGACGAGAUCCACAGGUUCAGCAAGAGCCAGCAGGAUGUCUUUCUCGGCCCCGUCGAGGCUGGACAUGUCACACUGAUCGGCGCCACGACCGAGAAUCCCAGCUUCAAAGUGCAGAACGCUCUACUGUCGAGAUGUCGCACGUUUACCCUGCAGAAACUCACCGACCAGAACAUUUGCGAAAUCCUUCGUCGCGCGCUCGAGGCCGAACGCGACAAUUACAAUCCCUCUGAACUCGUAAAUGACGAGUUGAUCAGCUACCUUGCCGCCUUUGCUGACGGUGACGCCCGCACGGCUCUCAACCUCCUCGAGUUAGCUAUGGACAUCUCUCGACGACCCAACAUGACUCUAGAGGAUUUGAAGCAGUCGCUCACAAAGACCCUGGUCUAUGACCGAGCCGGUGAUCAACACUACGACACCAUAUCCGCAUUCCACAAAUCAGUGCGCGGCUCCGACCCUAACGCGGCGUUGUACUACCUCGCGCGCAUGCUCCAGUCAGGGGAAGAUCCGCUGUACAUUGCGAGACGGAUGAUUGUGAUCGCCAGCGAGGAUGUCGGAUUAGCGGACAAUUCACUGCUCCCGCUCGCAACUGCGGCAUAUGCAGCCUGCGAGAAAAUUGGUAUGCCUGAAGCCAGAAUCAACCUCGCCCAUGUCACUGUGGCGUUGUGCCUUGCACCAAAAUCAACCAGGGCGUACAGGGCACUUGCGAAUGCAAUGCAUGCUCUUGAAGAGCCCGGAAUUGCAGGCCUGCCAGUCCCCAUCCACCUGAGAAACGCGCCGACGCGGCUGAUGAAAGAAUUGGGGUACGGAAAAGAAUACAAAUACAAUCCGGAUUAUGUGGAUGGAAAGGUCAAGCAGGAGUAUCUCCCUGACAGGCUGAGAGGUAGAGAGUUUCUCGAAGAAAGAGAUUUGGGAGAGAACAUCGACGACGACUUAUUAGAUGAGGAAGAACCGGGCAAGGAUGGCAAAAUCGCCAGUGGAAGGGACGGCCAUGGCUGA